AAGCUGCGGAAGGCGCCGUCAUGACCGCCUCAGGACUCGCCGCGUUGCUAGGCCGCGUCCCUGCGGCUGCGUGGGGAGCGACAAGAUCACCCUUUCUGUAUCAUUCUUUGAGAAAAGCAAGUUCUUCUCCAGGGGAAAAAGCUGGACGUGUCACACAAGCCCUUAAGAAGCCCAGGUUGCCAGAAGGUCGCUUUGAUGCCCCAGAGGGCUCCCAUUUUGAGAAAGAACCACUAAAAAAAUUCCCAGAUGAUGUUAACCCAGUUACUAAAGAAAAAGGCGGACCAAGGGGCCCAGAACCUACUCGAUAUGGAGAUUGGGAACGAAAAGGACGUUGUAUUGACUUUUAAGUUACAUAUUCUUCUAUUUUGUAUAAUUUUCUGAAUAUGCACAUGUGAACUAUUUCUGCUUUUUCUUUCUAUACUUUAAUUCAUAAUUUUCAUAGUAUGCUUGAAAAUGUUCUUGAUGGCUUUAAGAGAAAAUAUGCUAUAACUAUAAUAAAUCAGGAAAGGGGAAAAUAGUUUUGCAUUAGCACAUAUUUAACUUGAAUGUUUUGGGAUUUAUAGAUGAUGAUAGUUGUAAACUUCUACUUCAUCCUUUUUUCAGCUUAAACUAAUCAAUUCUGCUAAAUGUAAAUAAAAUAAUUUUGUAGUGAUUUUGCUGCCAUGUGCUGAGUAAUAAUGUAUUCUUAAAUGUGAUUUAAAUAUGAAUUGUGCAUCAUAAUGUGAUAAUACAUGACAGUGUCUGAAGGCCACAGUAACCACAGAAAAUGUUUAGGGGCCAGUGGCAUGGGUGUAAUGGAGUAGCCCUAAGCCUGUGGUGCUGACAUCCCAUGUGGACACUGGUUUGCGUCCUGACUGCGCCACUUCUAAUCCAGAACCCUG